UUUACCUUGAAGAAAUAUUCUUAUGUCUGCCUAGUGACUGUCAUUUGUACUUUUAAAAGUUACAGCAAGCAUAGCUGACCACCAUCUCACCAUGUCUACUGAAGCUGAAACUACUACUGUCAACAGCCAGCCUGAGCAACACGCUCCACCAAAAGCACAACUAUCAAAGAAGGAAAAAAAGAAAGGGCCAGAAAAGACAGAUGAAUCUCUCUUGACCAGAUUCAAAGGUGAUGGUGUGAGAUACAAAGCUAAACUGAUUGGCAUUGAUGAAGUCCCAGAGGCAAGAGGAGACAAAAUGAGUCAGGAUUCAAUGAUGAAGCUGAAGGGAAUGGCGGUGACAGCCCGUUCCCAGGGUCAACACAAACAGAAGAUCUGGGUGAACAUAUCCCUCUCUGGUAUCAAGAUAACAGAUGAGAAAACCGGGGUCAUAGAGCAUGAGCAUCCAGUAAACAAAAUCUCCUUUAUUGCUCGGGAUGUAACAGACAAUCGUGCCUUUGGCUAUAUUUGUGGAGGAGAAGGCCAGCACCAAUUUUUUGCCAUAAAAACAGCACAACAGGCUGAACCUCUAGUUGUUGAUCUUAAGGACCUCUUCCAACUCGUUUAUAAUAUGAAGAAGAAGGAAGAAUACAAGAAAAAGAGUGAAGAAGCAAGUCAGACUGAGAAUGGUAGUGAAACAGUACCUGCUGAUCAAGCUGACAAGGUGAAACUGGCAGUUGACCAGAUGGACUUGUUUGGGGAUAUGUCAACACCUCCUGAUAUGACCAGUCCCACAGAAGCUAAAGAGAUUCUGUUAGUGGAUCUAAAUUCUGAAAUUGAGACCAAACAGACUUUUACAAAAGAGGAUCUCUUCUUGAAUGACAUCACAACCUCUCUUCCACAACCAAAGCCACAGCUACCCUUCUUGCCUGAGAGUUCUUUCUCUACCAGUCUCAGCUUCUUUCCCACACCUAAUCCAGACCCUUUCAGUGAUGAUCCUUUCACAGAGCCUGACCAAUCUGCACCACCUUCAUUUGAUUCUCUAAAAUCUGCUGAUCAGAAGAAGGAAGCUCUGAGCACCUUGGCACCGGUGGGUAAUCGUGCUUCAGAUAGUGAUACUGACUACUUUGGUAAACAGUUUGACCAGAUUUCUAAUAGAACUGGCAAACAAGAAGUACUAAUGAACCAGUGGCCAGUUGACAGUGAGUUGCCUCCAGCAAGAGCUCCAAAUGGAGUACCAGAGAGAGAACAGAAUGGCUUUCUUAAGGCCCUGCCAAACCUGUUUGUGGAAGGUUCUUCCGAAGGAGUAUCUCUGCAGAAUGGAUUAAAGCUGGAUUCUGAAAGCAAUAUCCAGCUUGUGUCACAUGAAUCUAUAACCAUUAGCCCACCACCACAAAGUACCAAGCCAGGAAGAGGAAGGAGGUUUGCCAAGGCUUCAUCAAGUGAUUCACUUAGCCCACAGUUUGUGCCAUCUACAGAGAGCCUUAGCUUGACCUCAGUGGCACAAACAGGACCUGUGCCAGCAAAUCCACUGGACCUCUUCAAAACAAGUUCUACCAAAGCAUAUCCACUCCUCAGUCUAGGUGGCAUUCCAUUAACUCCAUCACCAUGGAGUUCAAUGACAUCUGUCUUCACUCCACCUGCAUCAGUCUUUCCUGGGUCUGUGACGCCUGCUCAGCCUACAGGAUUUAGUCAAUCAUUUACCUUUAGUUCUCAAGCAGCGCCAAGCUGGAAGCAGCCUGCAUCUUUUGGUCCAGCAGCCACUCAGUCCUCUAGUCUCUGGGCACAGCCAGCACAAGUUCAAUCUAGUUCAUGGGUGCAGCCAUCCAGUGCUGCAAAUCCCUUCCAGAGCAGUGUGUUCCCAUCUUCAGCACCUGCUCAGGUGCCAUCUGUAUUGCCCUCCGUGUCAACAACUAGUCCACCUGAGCCACCACCUAGAAUUGCACUUCCGAAGGAGCUAUCCAAGAAAGAGAGUGAUGCUUUUAUUGACCUGGAUCCACUUGGUGACAAAGAGAUGAAGGAUGUCAAGGAAAUGUUCAAAGACUUCCAGCUGACAAAACCACCUGCAGUACCAGCAAGGAAAGGAGAGCAGCAAAGCCUUUCAGAACCACCAAUGCCUGUUCCCCGACAAAGUGAGCUGACGGCUGAUGACCUGUUUGAAAGUCAAGCUAAAAUGGACCUUUCCAGUGCCUCAUCUUAUGGCAAACAGCUUGUAGAAUAA